GUACAUGUUGGAGUAAAGGUGAUUAUUUGUACGACAACUGAGAGGAAAUAGAGAUGUUCCGGUUCGCAAUGCGGACUAUUUAAGAUGGCGGAGCGACACGGAAGGCGCUCUCCGCGUUGUCCUUUUUGAGAAAGUGCUCGGAGUUUUGGAGAUAGAGGAGGAGGGUGAACAAACGCAGCGGGGUUGAAGGGUCUCGGGGGCAGCAUCACUUUCCAAAGUUUGUCUCGCUAAUUUCCUGGAGUCUCAGAACCUUCGACCGGGCCCGUUUUGUUUACAUUUUGUGGCACAUGCGCAUGCGUUUAUCUGCGUUUCACCACUCCGCGCGCUCCAGCUGGUUCGGCUGGCGUUCACAGACUCGGUCCAGUGAAUAGAAUGAUACCGAGCCGGGCCGGGUCGGCACCAGCAGGAAACGGGUCCGCUUCAGGCAGGGGAACCAUAGGACACGGGGCGGGGGUUGUCGGCAUCGGGAUCCGUCCCGUGUUGGUGAGAGCGGGGCAGGUUUUACCGGGGGGCAGCGACAGCGCCGGGGCUGCGGGGCGACAGGGGGGCAGGGACUCAGUCGGGAUGCUGGGGGCUAACGGUCCAGGUGGUCCACGAGGUGUGAGACCGGGGAACGGAACCGGGGUGACCUCUCUGCAGACCGCGGUCCAGGCCGGCAUGGUGGCGCUAAACGCGGGAAUCGUGCUGCCUCACGGAGCCCGGUUCGACCCGGACAGGGAGAGCGCUCCGCUGUGCAGCGGCUCGGAGAAUGACUCGGACUCGGGGGAUGAUGACGACCCCGUGGGUUCACUCGGGGACAGCAGGAGAGGGGUGAAGCGGGAGAGGGGAGAGAUGGAGGCGGUGGUGACCGGGCAGGAGGUGGGGGUUCCUCCCGGAGGCUACGGUAUGGUGCCCGGAGGGGUCGCCGGAGCAAAGCCGGGGAAGAAGACACGUGGGCGCGUGAAGAUCAAGAUGGAAUUUAUUGACAACAAGUUGAGACGGUACACCACCUUCAGCAAGAGGAAGACCGGGAUUAUGAAAAAGGCGUAUGAACUCUCCACCCUGACGGGGACGCAGGUUCUGCUGCUCGUGGCGAGUGAAACGGGUCAUGUCUACACUUUUGCCACCCGCAAACUCCAACCCAUGAUCACGAGCGAAACAGGAAAAGCUCUGAUCCAAACGUGCCUCAACUCGCCUGACUCGCCCCCCCGCUCUGACCCCUCCAUGGACCAGCGCAUGAGUGCCACCGGCUUCGAGGAGACGGACCUCACCUACCAGGUGUCUGAGUCGGAGAGCAUGGGCGACACAAAGGACACACUGAAGCCCACCUUCACGGUAGCCAGCCUACCCGGCACCACCAGUGCCGCCCAGUCCACCGUGCCCACCACCUCCACCACCAUGCAGGUGAGCAGCGGACCCUCGUUUCCCAUCACCAACUACCUGGCGCCCGCCUCGGGCAGCAGCAACAUCAGCGCCAACGGUACCGUCCUCAAGACCACCGGGGGCUCUGCGGGGGUCAUGCAGCUGCCCGGCGGCUUCACCUUCAUGCCCGCAGGCACUCCUCUCCCCCCCGGCACCCCCACCAUUCCUCUGAGCCAGCUGCAGCAGCACUCCCUGACCCUCCAGGGGCAGCACGGUGCGACACUGGCAGCCGCCCAGCAGCCUCAGCACGGACAGCAGGCCGUGUUCCGCUUCCCCGCUGCUGUCUCCCUCACAGGUCCGGGGGUUCCCCAGCAGCUCCAGGCCAUCCAGGUCCAUCCCAACACCUCCAACAGCGACAGCAGCCCUGAAAUGUCCCACACCUCCACAAACUCCACCACCACAGUCAGUCUCCCAGCAACCAUCGUCACCUCCUCAGUGCCCACGUCUGUGGCGGGUCACAUGAUGUACCCGAGCCCCCAUACCUUGAUGUACGCCUCCACGCCGGGGCUGGCUGACGGCGGGCUGGCCGUCCUCAACGCCUUCUCACAGGGAACCUCAGCCAUGCAGGUGUCCCACGCACAGGGCCAGGACACAGGCGGUGUCCCUCAGGUGUUCCUCACAGCACCCCCCGGCACAGUGCAGAUCCCCGUCUCAGCGGUGCAGCUUCACCCAGUACGGCAAGAUCUGCAUUUUACAAAUGGUGAUUGGUCAGCAGUCGAGCGGCAGCAGCAGUAACCUGACGGAGCUGCAGGUGGUGAACCUAGACGCUGCGCAGAACUCCAAGAGCGACUGACGGACGGCGGGCGCUGUUUAGUGUUACACCGACACACACACACACACAGAUCUCUAUUUAUUGAUGCCUUCCUUCAGUUUCACUUCACGCUCCGAAUGUGACGUUAAAAACAUAUUUACACACAAUCAAAGGGCGUGCGUGUGCGUGACCCUUACUCAGUACGUUUUGAUAUAUAAAUAUAAAUAUAUAUAUAUUCGAAAAAUGCAUAGGAGAAAUAUCACUACAUCCAUCACCGGGACGUUUCCUGUGCCGUUAGAUGGUGUUAUUUUUUUGGUGUGUGUGUGAUUUUUAAAAACGUGUAUUUACAUGUACACACACAUGCGCUCACACACACGGCGAGGUGCCACAGCUUCACACCAGCCAAAGAGACAUGUGUGUCUGAAUGUUCCAGUGUGAGCAACCUGUGCACGAGCGCUCUGUGUGUGUUUGUGUGUGUGUGUGUGGGGCGGGGUUUGUAAAUGGGCGGGGGAACUCUUAUUGGUUUAAAAAAAGAGACGUUUGGAAAUGUACAUAUUUUUUUUAAAAAUUGCUAACUUGUAUUUUCAGCCUGGUUGAGUUUGUGCGACGGCAUGUAGUUGUUUUCUACGUCGUGGUUUUGUAUGUUCAUGACGAUGAUUUACAGAGGAGGGGUUAUGAAUUAAACGCCGUCUGACGCUGACGUGCUGUCCUGAUGUUUUCACACGUGGAGAAAGAACGCUGGAGGUUUUUCUACUUUUUCUUUCUGUUUGUUUGAGACUUUUGUUUUUCAGAGUGUCCUCUAAAGACGCCAAGUCACAAAAUGUAAAACAUGACAUUUAAAUUUGUUUCUGCAGCGGGAACGUCACAAUGACUCACUGUCAGAAGAGUUCUGAUCUGAAGAUUUGAAACGAUGACGAGAUGAUUUAUUUCAGAUGUUGGGUUUUAAAAAAUACCUGAAAAUUCUGUGUUUGAUUAAAAGUCCUGGAAGCCUGGUGUACGCUGUACGAUUGUUUAAAGUCAUAGUGGAACGUCAGCUCACUCUGUACGACGGAAUCGUUUACGACGCUCGACCCAAGGUCACGAUUUAUGAGCUCACACUGAACGACCUGAGAGCUCACGCUGUACGAGUUAGAUCAGGACGGACCGUUCACAUAUCUCAACAGAAAACUCCAACAGACUUGAUUUCAUUUGUUCAUGUUCACGGCUCAGCUGGGCUACACACACACACACAGGUAAAGACGUUCUCUCUCUCUCUGAUGAUAGGCGAUGUCCUGGAGUCGGUGAAUCGGCUCUUGUUGUUGCUCACUGAUAUUUUCAAAAUUUCAAAUUUUCAUUCAAACAGUGAUUGGUCGUCGUGUGUUAGUGUGCACUGCACGCCGGGACGAUUGGGCUGAAUUCUGCUCGACUUCCAAACGACUCAUAAGGAGUCUUAAUCGACCUGAAAUGGUUCAGAGUACGUCAGGCUUAAUGCGAGGGAAAGGCAUUGGUGGCAGGAAAGAAGGAGAGAAGGAAGAUUAUUAUUUUUAUUAACAAGUCAAACUGUAACGGGAAAAUCUAAAUAAGACAACUUUUUAUAUUUUGCAGAAUGUGAAAAAUAAACUGAAAAGUAACAGAUUUUCCCUCCUGAUUAAUUUCUGUUCUAAAGUUCAACAUGUAAAAAACAUCUAAUAAUUAGAUUCACUUCCUGGUUUCCUCCUCAUGCCUGGCACCAAUCCUCGUCUUUAUGAAAAAUAAAGAAUAUCAAACUGUGAACCACUGAAAAUGACUUCACUGUCAAGUCCUCGUGUCGCCUGCAACUUCUCACAAUAACGUGACAGUAAAGUCAUUUUCAGCGUGCCACGGUUUGUUUAUCUUUUCAUUGUGUGUUCCUGCGACCGAGUGUCGGUUGUCCGUGCAGUGUUCCCUGCUGGUCGUUCAUAUUUAAGCUGUUAACUUAUUUCUAAAGACGCUCGUCUGCAGGGCAGUGAAUCUGUGAGUGCCAAACUAUCACCUGACCCUCUACUUCUUUUAGAACAAGGUGACCGACUGUAAACCUGUCGCUCUGAUCUGCACAACUUGAAUCAUGUGAAUCAGCUGCUGACUUGAGUCAGACUGAGGUUUAAUGGCCCUCCACUCAAACACCUGAGUGUGUGUUUGUGUGGAGGAGCAGCUCAGUGUUCAUCAGCUGUAAUACGACAACAUUGAGUACUUCUCUCAUGAUUUAUCAGGUGCUUUAAAAUGUUCUGAUUGUUGUGUGAGCGGUGAGCUGACUGCAGUUUGAACCUCAGCAUCAUCAUCAUCACGCAGACGGACCGAGAGCCUUCUCCUGCACCACAGUGCCUCUUCUCCAUGUUCACUGCAAGACAAGGGAAACAUUCACAUCACCUGAUCCUCAGAGCGCAGAGACGGCAGAGUGUGACGGGCCUCGAGUCCAAAGACAAUUUGACAGAAUGAAACACACACACACAGUGCUGCUCGGUGUCUGUGAUGUCUGCUCGUCCUGCACGGGGAGAUCGACCAGCUGCAGGCGUUCAGGACCCCGGUGGUGUUAUCUGCGGCUUUUUAAGGGGACACUGAACAGUUUGUGCUUUUCACCUUGUCGUUGAAAAAAAAAAAAACUGUUUAUUUUGUGUAUUUUUGUUUUUGUUGUACAGACAUUUUGUAAUAAAAAAAGAGAAAAGAAUGAGCACA